AAGCACCAAGGCAAAGGACGUGUCCGGACUAUCUUGUUCCUCUGGCUUGUUUCUUUCCGGAGCAGGUGAGGAUCACCCAAAGCCUGUGAGGCAUACUCUGGUCCAGACAUGGGUGGCCUCAGAUACCUCAUGAUACCAAUUGAGCUGCUGCUUUACUACCUCCUGCUGUAUCCUAUGGAUGCUAUUUCUUAUGGAAACCAGACAAAUAUCCUGAUGCACCUUCCUUCAUCCUUGGAAUCCUGGCCACCUUCCUCAAACCCCUUGACCUGCCAGACCCUGCUCCCAAAGUCCCUGCCUGGCUAUACCCAUAUGGCCCCUCUACCCAAGUUCCUGAUAGGCCUGCCAUUGAUGAUUGCACUGAAGGAAGCUGGCUGCCAUGCUGAUGUACAGGCCCUGCAGCGUCAGCUUUUCCGCCUGGGUGGUGUAAAGGCUACACAGGUCCUCUUCCGACAUCUUCAAGGGCUGGAGCAGGGCAGAAGCACAGGGAGGGGAGUGUCAGUGGAUGCCCUGGCCUCCGCUUUGCAGCUGUUGGCCAGGGAGCAGCAAGAUCCAGAGAGGGCCCGACGCUCCCUCCCCAAUAAGGACUGCGAGUAUGAGCAGGAACAGUACGUGCACAAUAUAGUCCAGUGGUUGCCAGGAGUGGGAACCUUCUACGACCUGGGCACAGCUUUGUAUUAUGCUGCUCAGAACUGCUUGGACAAGGCCAAGCAACGAGGCCAACAGGGGGCCAUAGAUUUGGGUUAUGACCUUCUGAUGACCAUGACUGGAAUGUCAGGGGGGCCCUUGGGAGUAGUGGUCAGCACUGCCCUUAAACCUGCAGUGAAGGCUGGGGUUCAACGGUUGAUCCAGUAUUACCAUGAGAAAGAGGCAAACAUCCCUCCACCAGAGACCAGUGAGGAAAGCUUGGGCAGCACCCCAAAUAUAAGUGACAUAGCAGAAACAACUACCAUUGCCCCUUUGGUGUCAGAAAUAGCAAAUUCAACUUCUUACUGGGAAGCCCUUCUUCAAGAGCUAUAACGUAGAUCCUGGGGUUGGGAGUUUGGGGAUAUAAAAGGUGGUAAACACAGAAUGAAUAAAUCAAAUAUUCUGACAGAC